UACGCUGUGUGCUCAUAACAGCCAUGGCGGCGACGACGGCCUCCGUGACGGCGGCACCAUUUGUGACGCAAAAUUCACUGUUGUCGUUAACACAACAAACGCUGCAAAAACACUUUCACAACGGCAACAGCAACAACAACCAUCAUUAUAGCAUUAGUGACAACAUCAGUACUUUUAUUUCUGCUUCGUCACAUAAUUACAAUCGUCGACACUCACAGCUGCCACUGCCCACACUUACGCCGCCUACUUCUCCACCAGCAACGUUGCGAAUAAUGGAUAUUGAGGUGUUGAAUGCGAGCAGCAGCAGCAGCAGCAGUAGCAACAACAACAUCAUCGGCGGUGAUAACGCAAACCACUUGAAGAGUCUUUCAUCGAUUGUAGAGGCGUCGGAUAUGGGCGAGGGCUACAUGAAUCAGCUACCAAUCUUUGACUUUGGACUGCCGCGUAAUAUAACGGCACGUACCGGUCAAACGGAAGCUACAAUUAAAUGUCGCGUCGAGCGAUUGGAUGAUAAAUCGGUCUCGUGGAUACGUAAACGUGAUUUGCAUAUACUGACGGUAGCCACAGCCACGUAUACAUCGGACAAACGCUUUCAGGUGAGUUCAUCGAAAGAUGGACGUGAGUGGAUAUUGCAUGUGAAAUCGCCGCAAGCUCGUGAUAGUGGCAUCUAUGAAUGCCAAGUGAAUACGGAACCGAAAAUGUCGAUGGCAUUUCAGUUGAACAUCAUUGAGAUACCCGCCGAUUCACGCGCCGUUAUCAGUGGUCCAGCCGAUCUGCAUUUCAAAGUCGGCAGCGCAAUUAUACUCAACUGUCAUGUGCAACAGCCGAGCAUUCGUGAUAUCGGACCGAUUUAUUGGUAUCGCGGCGACCAUAUAAUCACGCCCUUCGAAGUGGAUGAUGAUGAAAGCGACAGCGUUGCAAGCGGCAACACAGACAGCGGUGUUGGUAAUGACGCAGGUGCGCCAGCACUAGCAGACAAUGAGGUGGAAGGUGAUGUGACAGCGACGAUAACGAAUGCCAAUGCGUUGGCUACUACAGGCAAUGCCAGUCCGGGCAGGGAGACGAAUGCGGCGGCAGCAACUCAACAUGAUGACUUAACAAACGAAAUAACGCCGGACUUUACGGCGCGCAUAGCAAUGGAAUCACAGUUGGGUGACACAAUGAAAUCAAGGUUGCGCAUCUCAAAUGCACAGACAACGGAUACGGGGAAUUACACUUGUCAGCCGACAACGGCGAGCAGCGCCAGCGUCAUGGUGCAUGUGAUUAAUGAUGAGAACCCAGCAGCUAUGCAAAAAAGCAGUGCCGGCUCAUUGCGCACGACAACAACUACAAUCACAGCAACAAAGUAUAGAACAAAUAUGAUGCUCAUGCUUUUGGUGGCAACAAUAAUAUUAAAAACACUAAUGACAAGAGCAAAUCUAAUAACGAGAACAACAGCAGACACACCGAUGAUGAGCGCCAAUUGUGAAGUGUGUCGGUGGCAGUGCAAGAAAGAAGCAGUGAAUGGUCAUCAAAAGCAGCAGGCAAAACAACAAAACAAUCGGCAUCAGCAUCAGCAUCAGCAAUAGCAAUUCCAAUUGCAACAUCUUUUGUUGUAUUCUUCGCAAUGUCUCAAGCAGCAGACGUUGUUGUUUGUUUUUAUUGUUGUUGUUUUUGUUUUUGCUUUAUUCUUACGUUAGUAACAAGUUUAGCUGUAUUGGACGUUAUUGUUGCUCCCCAUGCCUUUGCUCAUAUCAUUGCUGCCACAGCCGCUGGCCCCUCUGUCACGAUGAUAACAAGUACUGCACCAACAGCAGCAACAAUAAAAAUACUAGAUAUGUCAGGUGCCAGCUUCUGCAUACCGGAUAAUAUACUUGUCAGUGCCAGUUGCAACUUUCUCACCAAAACCAACAUCAGCAGCAGCACCAGCAAUGGCAGCAAUAACAGCAACAAAAACAGCUAUAUUGGCGUAAUCAUUAGAAAUAGCUAGAGUAUUCGAAACAGGAUUACUGGCAUCCUCAUUAGCGUCCCGACCAUCCGCAAUUGCCAUGAAUUCUCUAGCUUUCCCUCGUGCACACCACAACCAUCCAAGCACUCCGCCCAGCCUCCUAAUUGUAAUGUGGCAUCACACUACGGUUAUUGUGGCUGCCACCGCCGCUGCGCUCCUCUUAAGCUGUUGCAUGUUGCUUGCAAUUUAUUGCCGCAUUGUUCAUCAGCGCUGAGGUAUUUCAUGAGAGAAAUUUGCGCACACAGCUUCUACUGGUGGCAGCGACGGCUAAGUUUGCUGCAGCGGCAUGCACUGGGAAACAUAAUACCAGAUGACGCCGCAGCAAAUAACUAAGGUUGUGCUGGCCACCAAUCAUCUAGCCAGUAAGUCAGUCAGCGAGGCAGUCAGUAGAGCAGUAAGGCAGCCACACAUCCAACAACAAGUAUCAUUGAGGUAUUUCCUUUGUCUGGUCGCAAUAACAGUGUGCAUGUAGUGGUGGAAGACGUUGUCGCGCGCGUAUGUAUUGACUUACAUUGCGCUGAAGACACGGUGAUUACUAGGCAAUAACUUCUACUGUUGUUCUUGUCCUUAUGGACGUUGGUUAUUUUGAAUGCUGAUUGCUUGCCUUCGGGAGUGAGGUAAGUAAUUGGGAUGGAAUGGAGUGAAACAGGGAAUUCAAAAAUUUGCGAAAAACAAAGAAACUCAAAUCGUAUCAAAUAAAGUAAAUAAAGAAAAUAAAAAUAAAUGAGGCAAUGUGUUCCGUAGGGAAACAAAGGAAACAAGUGAGUGUUCUACAUUAAGUAAAGCUCAUAAAUAUUUCCGUUUUUACUUGGUAAACAACAGGCAAUAAGCAAAUACAAAAACAUGCAAAGUAUUUGAAAAUAUUUAAAAUAUGUAAAUACAGUUCCUCAAAAAAUUUAUCGAAUUUUGGUGGCAGACAUUUACUACAUUUUUCCGCCUAGGUUAGGUUAGGUUAAACUAGUUGCCCAAAGAGUAAGCACACUUAGACGAACAAAUCAAAUUCAUCCUUUGUGAUGCCAAUGCGAAGAAAGUAAGGUGGAGGAAGGCCGAUGGGACGAAAGGGAAGAGAGGAAGAGGGAUAAUGGGAAGAAAGGGGGUUGAGUAUUUGCAGAUCACAAACGUCAACCAAGGCCUUCUAUAUCAGCAGUGAGAACAAAGAUGCCUAUAUCUUAGCCGCGCUAGAGCAGUAUAACUAGGGGAAGGUGCUGAGUUGUAUUCCUCGCAGAUAGUGUCCUGUGAGAAAUUCGAGAGCUGAGAUUUUGUCAACCUCCGAAGAUUGCUCGAAUACCUUCGAUCCACACGUGGCCAGAAGGAUUUCGCGACCUUACAAGUUUGUGUCCUUGCUUAGCACGCGCCGAGUGGGCGCGAAGACCAUCUUUCCAGGAGUAGACGGCAGGUGAUCAAGGAGAUCCCAAUCCUCUCCUUUCACCUUGAAAUUACCUCACAGGUCCCUUGCGUGGCGGGCUCAUCCGCUUCGCAGCUUCCCGCAAUGUCGCUAUGGCCAGGAACCCAGGCUCCGCAAGGUUAUAUUUACCUUUUUAUAUCGAAAUACUUAAACUAAUUCCAAUAAUAUUUUCUAAAAUAUACUCAAACUCUCAUAUACAAUAUAUUGCUCCAUCUCUUCUUUUGUGUAAAUGUUUACCCAUGGAUCCCAAACUGCAGCGUUUCUUAUAGUAAUUUGGCUGCUAAAUCGAAGGCGCAGGUUUAAAUUCCCUUGAUUUACUUGUUUCCGAAUAAAUGCUUAAGCCUUAAUUUCCACCAAAAAUGGAAAGUGUUAAGUCUAUCGGGACAUAUGCGAACCAAAAAACCUCGCAUAGAUAAAAGGAAUCACAUUCACAAUUUCCAUAAAUCUCGCGCUUUUAGCGCCAGAUAACGGCACUAGUUUAUUUUCUUCCAUAACACUGUGGAACAAAUUCAGGUUAGCAAAAAUUAGGCCCAUUCUGAGAGUGGCGGGUGAAAAUAGUUCGAAAUCGGAGCAAAAUUGUUUAUAUGGUUUUUUGGCUAUAACUCGUCGACUAA